AUGGCCGACACCGAGAUGGACAUCGACCAGCCCGAGCGCACCUCCGCCGACCCCAAGGCCAGUGACGCGCGCACCGCCGCCGGCGCGACUGCCGUCCGCUCCAUCGAAGGCUGGAUUAUCAUCGUCACCAACGUGCAUGAGGAAGCCACCGAGGAGGACCUUCAGGACAUGUUCGGCGAAUACGGCACUAUCAAGAAUCUGCAUCUGAACUUGGACCGGCGGACGGGUUAUGUCAAGGGCUAUGUCCUCAUCGAGUACCCCACCCUCGACGAAGCGAAGGCUGCUGUGAGAGACGGCAACGGUCUAGAGCUCCUCGAACAGAAGGUCGUCGUGGAUUACGCUUUCGUCAGGCCUCCUCCUCCAAACAAGGGCCGUGGACGCGAUCAGGGUCGCGAAGAUAGGCGAGGCAGCGGUCGCGGCAAGGGAAGGAGCAGGAGUCCCGGCAGAGAAGGAGAUGACAUGGAGGACUGA